UCACCAUGGUUGCGGUUAUGCUUUUGUUAUUUUUUAUUACCAUUCAAAUUCAAACGCCAAACAUUCCAAUCAAAACGUCCAUCAUUAAUCCUAUGGAUCUGACAGGAUGCUUGUCGGAAAAUAAUCAUUUGAUUGCCCAAACAUCAAGGCAAAUGAUACCGGAUGAUCCUUUCAGGCCGCGCCGGACCGCUUUGAAGCGGUCUUGGAGCAUCGUGGGACCGUUUCCUCGCUCCCUUUGGAUCCAUCCAGGUGUACCGGAGGAUGACUUUGACCGAGUCUGUGCCAAAAUAUGGAGAGACUCGAAGAAAGCUGGAUUUGGAAUAUGGUCACACAUGGAGAAGGACAGCAUGGCCCCAGCUAACGAACACCCACCGGAUCAGGACAUCCCACCGGCUCCGGACGGGCGCGCAGAAGAGGACCCUGUGAGGCCUCAAAACAUCCACGGGGAAGUCCGAGACAAUAAGUGUCCUGUUACACGGAGGAAACCUAUGCUUAUCAAAAUCACAGAUCCAAGGCUGGAUGAGAUCUCUCUGAUGGUGGGGAGGGAGUUCCAGACUUUGACGUCACAGACAGAGAAAGAACGACGUGGCCUCUCCGACUGCUCUCAGCGCCCUGACGAUGUCCGGUGUGAUGACUGUUCCCAUGGCGAUGACCCCAUAUGGGAGACACAGGUGGAGAAGAAGGAGGAAGAAAAGGUGAUCCCAGAGGAGGAGCAAAGGAGGGACAUUGAGAAGUUCCUCAGGGGCCUCCUGAUCCCAGGGCAGGAGGAUAGAGGGGAGGACAGUUCCAACAUGGUGGAACCUCUUGACAUACCUAACCCCUUCCUGCUGAACCCUGACCUCGGUGCUAACCUCUCCCCUUUAGUUCCCGACCUGCUCCCAGAUCUCUCACCUUUGCUCCACGACCUGGCCCCCAACCUAGCCCCCAGCGAAGACGACUUCCCCCCUCUGCCAAGCGCCGCAUCUCCAUGGCAAGGUGACAGGCUGUGGCAGGGCUCUCCGCCUGCCAACCUCCCCACACCUCUCAUCCCCAUCCCUGGCCCCUUCAACCUUCUGGGCAAAGUGGCUGCCUGUAUCAAGGCCUCAGCUCCAGCUCAAGCCCCAACUCCUGCCCCAGUCCCAGCUCCAGCCAAGGUCCCAGCCAUCCAGGUCACAGCCUCAGCCCGUUCUUCAACUCCAGCCCCAGCAAAGGUCCCAGCAAUGAAGAUUACGGUCCCAGCCGCAACCCCUGCUCCAGCCAAGGUCCCAGCCACCAGGAUUACGGACCCAACCAAGGCCCGAGCUCCAUCAACAACCCAGCAGGAGCUUUAUGACCUGAUGGCUGACUUCCCAGCCCUCCAGCCCCAGGGGAAAGCACCUCCACUGGGCUUGCAGCAGCCUGCCAAUACCCCGUGCCGGGCUCCGACCACCAAUGUGGAGCUACUUCUCCAGGACCUACCCUACAGCGCCUUGUUCAAGGCCCAGGAAGGUGACCGGGAGCUGGGCAGACAGGAUGGUAAAAGAGUGGCCAAGGGACCCAAGAAGAUGGAGUCUGAACCUGAGGAGGAACCUCAGGACAUUACCGUUGUUACUGAUGAUGUUGACCAGUGGCCUGAGAUCACCACUACCAAGCAGCCUGCAUUCACCCAAGCCACUCAACAGGUUAUAGCAGGUACAGAUGGUGCCAGCGCGUGGGUUGGCAGUGCCAACGAGAGCGUGAGGAGAGCAGCUGCCCCCCUUCUCCAGAAAGCCAGGCCCCUCCGCAGCCCCCAGGAGGGUCCAGAGAGGAGGCAGACGACAACCCCCGUGGUCCCUGCAGCCCCCACCAUUGCCAACAUUGCCGCAGCUUUUGCCACCAGCACUGCCGCCAAUGACCUGCCUCAGGAGAGCAAGGCCGGCCCCCGCCAGCAGGCCCCUCCCCCUUCCCACCAGGGCAUCCCAUCGACGAACCAACGGAGAUCUCAUCGUUAUGCUGGGUUCCGCCCUCAGAAUGCCCAUCGGCCUGGCUUCACCUGUCCAACGCAGGGCUGUGAUGUGAGGACAUCCGCGAUGACGACUAGAAUGACCCUUGACCCUGUCUGCAUGUCUGGGGACGGACACCCACAGAAGCCCAAACCUCACCUGUACAGCGAGAGUUUAGUGGAGCGAGUGACUGCGGUGGGAAGCCGGUGUCCGGUAAACGCACCACCAGGAUUCACGAAGUCGGACCGAGGCCCCAGACGGAACCUCUUCUAACCCUUUACCCCAUUGAGGCGGCGGCCAUUUUAAACGAUUUGCCUUUUGGUUUAUAGUUUAUUUGUUUUUCUUUAUGUCAUUGUUUGCUUAGUAAUAAAUACUUGUUUUGUG